AUGGCAAGGCAAAGAAAUGGUUUUAAGGAACUUCCAUUAACCUUGAAGGAUAUGCACAAUUUGUUAGAAAAAAAGAGAAAAUCAGAAACAGCCGAUGGAGAUGCACAAGCGAUGAACGAUUAUUUCAACAAAAUGCAACAAUGUAAUCAGGACUUUUACCAUGUUCGUAGACUUGAUACGGAAGGAUAUUUGAAGGACGUGGUAUGGAUUGAUGCUAGAAGUAGAGCGGCAUACAAGGACUUUGGUGAUGCAGUUUGUUUCGAUGCAACCUACCUCGUUAACAAAUUUAACCUACCAUUCUCUAACUUUGACGGUAUCAAUCACCAUGGCCAGAGCAUUUUGUUAGGCUCCGCUUUGAUUUCACAUGAAAACACAGAAACUUAUACUUGGGUCUUUCAGAGUUGGUUGACUGCUAUGGGGGGGAAAUACCCCAAUGCCAUACUAACUGACCAAGAUGGAGCAAUGCGUAAUGCAUUGACUAUUUCUAUGCCACACACUAGGCAUCGAUGGUGCUUAUGGCACAUAACAUCUAAAUUCGGGGUUAAACUUGGAAAGAAGGAAAAGUAUGAAGAACUGAAAGCAGAACUCUUAAAUGUGAUUUAUGAUAGUCUUGCGCCUAAUGAAUUUGAGCAGAGGUGGAAGGAAUUUAUGGAAAGGUUCGAGCUCCAAAAUGAAAAGUGGUUACUGAAUAUGUACGAUGAACGUCAUAUGUGGGUUCCUUCUUACAUGAGAGAUAUAUUUUGGGCAGGCAUGAAAACAACGCAACAGGUUAAGAGCAUAAAUAGUUUUUUUGAUGUAUACCUUCAUAAGAGUACAACGUUGUUAGAAUUUUCUACGAAAUACAUGACUGCAAUGGAGGAUCGAUGUCGUACUGAGGCGGAAGCGGAUGCAUCCCAAAUCCGUUCAACAAGAAGACUGGCAACGGAUUUCAGGGUGGAGAGGGUGUUUUAA